UACGUAUGUGCUUUUAUCUGAAAUUGCGAAGAAGAUUUUCGGUAUAAAAGCCUAGAAUGGCGCAGCAAAGUCAUUCAGUGUUUACUAGACAAUUACCUAUCAUGGCUGGUACUUUCCUGUUCGCAACGAUUCUGUGCUUGGCUCUGGGCAAUGCUCUGGCAGCCGAUGUGCUCGAAGGAUCCUACAACGUGACCCAAGUGUGCACCAUGGUGAAGACGGGCACCUCACUGGGCAGCAUUCAAUCCUGCGAUUAUUAUUACGUCUGCGGCUCAUCUGGACCUGUGAAGACUACCUGCUCAACUGGUUACUCAUACAACUUUAGGACUCAGACCUGCCAGCCCACCGCCCAAGUGACCUGCUACUAUGGCAUGGAGAAUCCAUGUGCUGGCAAGACUGGCUCCAAUUUUGUGCCAAAAGUGAACACUUGCAAUGGUUGGUACUGGUGCAAUGGCGAAAAGAUUGGCAACACUGGCACCUGUGCAAGCGGACAGAAAUUCGAUAGCACAGCCCAGAAAUGCGUCUAUGGCAGCUGCUUAGCGACUGACAGCACCGAUGAAGACUCUCUGUCAAGCUAUUGCGAUGUGGUGCCACCCGGCAUGUACUUUGGAAGCGUUAGUAAUUGCAAGCAAUGGUACACUUGCAGCAGCAACGGCACACUCUCAACUGGAGAUUGCGCGUCAAGCGCAUUCAUUGUGCAAACCGGUUCGUGUGGCUAUAGCACCGAUGCCGGAGCCUGCGAUAGAAUUGUCGAAGCAGCCACGCCCUCAUCGUGCACUACGUCUGGCACCAAGGCACCAAGUAACACCACAUGCGGCACUUGGUAUUUGUGCAAUGGCAGCACCUAUGUGGAGCAAAUCUGUCCCACUGGCACCUACUAUGAUGUCGGCACAGAGGCCUGCGUCACCCGUGCGACUGCAACUCCGGCCGCUGGCUGCAAUCGUUGCCAGUAUGCAACAACUACAUUUGUCAAUGCUGUCAACGAUGAGCUUUGCGACACUUAUUACUAUUGCUCUGACGGCAAGGCUGGCUCUGUUACCACAUGUCCAGGAGAACGCUUUUUCAAUGAAGACAUCCAGGCAUGUGAUACUGAUUCCAAACUAGCGGCAUACGUGCCAACGCAUGGUGCCUGCAAGGGAGCCAGUGUCUCCUCUACCUCUACGACAGUUUCAGGUGCAACUGAUUCCAGCGCUUCCACUGUCUCAGGUGAAACUGCAGCGAGUGACGCAUCGACUGACGCACCCACCACUGUCGAAGCCACCACAGUGAAUGAAACUAAAUAGCUAUAAACAAUACUGUGGCCACCAAUAAUAAAUAAAGCAAGCAUUUUAACAAAA